AUGUCGUUGGCAAUGAUAAUGAUGCUGAUGCUGAUGGCAGUUGACUGUGCCACAUGUAGCAUGUUGGCAGUGGAUGGCGUGCCACGAAUUCGAGCUUGCACCUCGGCUCAGAACUCUAAAAAUGACAGGAGCGAGCGUCCUCCCGUGGCAAUUAGCCGUCCUUUACGAGCUGAUCAAAAUGCGACGCAGGCUAAAAUCGAGGUCCUUGUGGAAGCUGCCUCGGAGCAAACCGCCACUAUCAAAGGAAUGACAAAGCAGCAAGGACAAGGACAAACAGUGGCCAGAAAAUUUCCGAUUCAGAGUGUAAAGGAUCUAAAUCAGAUGAGCAUGGAAAUUAACGACACAAACCGAGAGCUUUAUAUUGAUGCAAUUAAGAUCCACAUUAUGCAUGGUGGAAUUAUGAAAAACCUAAAAAAUGUGUUGUCAAAUACUGUUGUCUUGGCCUAUAAUGUUGAUGGCGUCCAAGGCAAAGCUGCCUUGAAAAACGAAAGCAGUUUUUAUGGAGUUUUGCUUGAUGCAAUCAAUUUGGUAGAAGGGACUGGAUCAGCUGAGGACAAUCUACGAAAGGCCUUGCAGCUGCAAAAAAAACGCUAUUUUAAGAACUCCAGUUGCAACAAAAACAAAAUUGAACAUGAAAACAACAACAACGUAUAAAUAAU